CACUAGAUUAACUAGUACAUUAGUGACAGCUACUUCAACUGCUACACCCUCAUCAGUUCUAGUACCUUCUUCCAUAACUUCUUCAUCCAUUACUUUUUCAUCCCUAUCUUCAUUAUCCCCAACUUCUUUACCUUCAUCUCUAUCUUCUUCAUCCAAAGCCUCUUCUUUAUCCCCAAUGCCUUCCUCCAUCACUCCACCUUUGUCUUCAUCUUCUUUAUCUUUAACUUUGUCAUCAGUAACUUCCAUAACUUCUUCAUCCCCAACUCCUUCAUUGACAGCUCCUUCAUCUAUAUCUUCUUCUUUAUCAAUUAUUCAAUUGGUUUCUGGGAUAUCAAUUGCACUACUAAUUAUAACAAUUGUUGUUAUAGUAAUUGUAGUGGUAACAGCAACAGUUCAAUUUAAAAAGAGAAGAGGAAGAAUGGAAGUGAGUAAUGAUGUUACAUUACUGAAGAGGAAUGAAAAUAAUAAUCAAAGUUCACAAGAGCAAGAACUAUCAUUAGUUAAUCCACAGUAUGAGAAUGUACAUCUACCAGUUCCACAAUCAGAACUAUCAAUGGAAGAAUGUGCUGCUUAUGGUGUAGUGGAAGGAACUAGAUUCCCACAGUAUGAGACUGUAGAUCUACUAGCUCCACAGUCAGAGGGAGACUAUGAACUACCAGUAAAAGAAU